CAGACACAGAAAAAGACAGUAACUCACACAACUCUUACUAAUCUAGGACUCUUUUUUUUCUGCUUCGGUCGGUGAGUCAGACUCACUCACUCACUCGCACUGUUUCUCUCUCUAGCUUUCUCUCUCUACCUGCCAGCUUUUAAAUUUCCGCCAUCAACGCCCCCAUUUCUGUUAAUUUUAUCCUGCACCUUUUUAACACUCAAUCUCAAUUUUAAAAACAUUUUAAGUCCUAGACACAUUCUAGCUAGCUUAGUUAAGCUUAGUUUUAAAAUUUUAAAGAGAAAAAUGCUGUUUAGUAGUCAGAUUUUGAGUUUCUUGGUUAAGAAAGAUGGCAGGAAGAUACUCAAACGAAAAGACAGUGAUGCUGGUGAACGAGGAAAAGCUUUAGAAGAAGUUCGUUCUUUGUUGUUCAACAGUGUUAAGCGGCAAGAGCAACGCAAAUGUGAUCCUUUUGUUGCUCUUUCAUUCAAUUUUGUGGUUGCUAUUAGUAUUAUUUUCAUUAAUAAAUGGGUGCUUCAAGGAGCUGGAUUUCAUUUCCCAAUUUGCUUAAGUUUUAUUCAUUAUUUAAUAAGUUGGAUAUUGAUGGCCCUUUUGAAAGCAUGUUCUAUUCUUCCUGCUUCUCCUCCUUCGAAAUCCAGUCUUGUAUCCUUGUUUACUCUCGGCUUUGUCAUGUCUCUAUCCACGGGCCUUGCUAAUGUCAGCUUGAAGUACAACAGUGUUGGUUUCUAUCAGAUGGCUAAGAUUGCUGUUACACCUUCAAUUGUUUUACUGGAAUUCGUAUGGUUUGGAAAGCGUGUUUCUUUCACUAAGGUUGUUGCCCUUACAGUUGUGUCUAUUGGUGUUUCUGUUGCAACAGUAACUGAUUUGCAAUUCAGCGUUUUUGGUGCAUGUAUAGCAUUGGCAUGGAUAAUUCCCAGUGCUGUCAAUAAAAUCCUCUGGUCCACUCUGCAGCAGCGAGAAAACUGGACAGCAUUAGCGUUAAUGUGGAAGACAACACCAAUCACUUUGUUUUUCCUGGCUUCUUUGGUUCCAUUCUUAGAUCCGCCAGGUGUCUUCUCCUAUCAAUGGAAUGCCACUAACACAUCAUUGGUUCUUGUGUCAGCUUUUCUGGGGUUCUUGCUUCAAUGGUCAGGCGCUUUAGCACUCGGGGCAACGUCUGCCAUUUCACACGUAGUUCUUGGUCAAUUCAAAACAUGCGUUUUGCUUCUCGGAAACUAUUAUAUCUUUGACUCGAAUCCAGGAGCCACCAGCAUUUUUGGUGCAUUUACAGCCAUUGCGGGUAUGUCCGGUUACACUUACCUCAAUUUACACAAUAUGAAAUCACAAACAGGAAAAACAUCUCCGCAGAAGUCGUCUGCGACAAAAUCUAGGCUGAGUCGAGAGAAUGGAGAUAGCCAUGAUGGAUAUGGCGGAGAAUCUGUGUAGUUAUCUUUGUCAAUCGUUUUUGUUGAUCUAGAUUAUUUCUUACAAUUGGAAUUCUAAUUUUACAAGUAGAGUGUCGACUGACUUGCCGUGAGUCUGAACCAAACCUCAGGUUAAUACUUUGUAGGCUAAUCCCCUGAAAAACCCCUCACCUUUCAAUUUCCUUUCAUUUGCACCCUCACCUUUCAAAAUCUCCAAUUUUACCCUAAUUUCCACCUUUCACUUUUAAUUACACCUUUAAAUAUUAAAUUGACCUAUUUUUACUGCAAAAAGUUCAAAUUAAUAUUUUAUAUUUCAACAAAUAUUAUAAAUAGUAUCCAAUUUAAUUAAUUUUAUGGAAUUAAAACGGUAAAAUUAAAUAAAAGUGAAUGUGAAAUUUAGUAAUAUUUGAAAUAUUUUUUAGAGAAGAUGCUUUUAUUAUUGAAAUUUUAACAUUUAGUACUAUUUAGAAAAUGAGUAAAAAUAAAAAAUAUUGAUUUGAAAUUUUUUGAGUGAAAAAAAGGUCAAUUUAAUAUUUCGAGGGUGCAAUUGAAAGUGAAAGGUGGUAAUUAGGGUAAAAUUGGGGAUUUUAAAAGGUGAGGGUGCAAACGAAAGGGGGUUGAAAGGUGAGGGGAUUUUUAGAGGAUUAGCCUACUUUGUAGGUACCAACCUGCUUUACCCCUGUGAAUCAAUCGACAUUGUAUAUAUUGACGAGUUGCUGACUUGCAGAAGUUACAGAAAUUAAAUAGUAUUUAGUUA